AUGGGCGACGAAGAAGACUUCACCCAACUCCCCCUCCCCGACCAAUUCGCACACAAGAACUGGAAAGCGCGCAAAGGCGGCUACGAAACGGCAACAAAAGACUUCAAAGUCGCACAGCCCAACGAUUCCCUCGUACGCGAAUUCACCGAUGGCCAGAUAUGGAAAGCGGCGGUGAGCGAUAGCAAUGUUGCCGCGCAGCAGGAAGCCCUGGCAGCAUAUAAUGCCUUUCUAGACGCCAGUGGCACGGAUGGGGCGCGGAAAACAAGAGGGAGCACAGUGGCGGGCGUGGUGGAGAAGGGGUUGACGGGUCGGCCGGCGGCGAAGCAGGCUGCGCAGGAGACGCUGUUGUUGUUGAUUGAGCUGGACAAGGCGGAUCCGGUGAUUGAGGAGCUGUUGCCAUUCCUCGCGCACAAGCAGCCCAAAAUCAUUGCUGCGACCCUCGCGGCGCUGACGGGUCUGUUUCACGCGUAUGGGUGCAAGACGAUCGAGCCCAAGCCUGUCAUUAAAUUACUGCCCAAAGUCUUUGGCCACGCGGACAAGAAUGUGCGCGCCGAAGCACAAAAUUUGACUGUCGAGCUGUACAGGUGGCUAAGAGAGGCGAUGAAGCCAUUGUUCUGGGGAGAGCUGAAGGAAGUGCAGCAAAAGGAUCUGGAGAAGCUGUUUGAACCUGUCAAGGCGGAGCCAGUGCCCAAGCAAGAGCGAUUACUACGGAGCCAACAAGAGGCCAGAGAAGAGGCAGCGGCACAGCCUGAUGACGCAGGUGGUGCUGAUGGGGAUGUCGACGGCGAUGAAGCGGGAGAGAUUGAUCUCGAACCCGAGUACAUCGCCGUUGAUGUCUUUGCCAAGAUCCCCAACGACUUCAGCGAGCGACUGGCGUCCGCCAAGUGGAAGGAUCGAAAGGAAGCACUGGAUGACUUGUUCACUGCUGUCAAUGUGCCUGCCAUGCAGGAUGGGCCGUUCGAUGAGGUGCUUCGAGGGCUGGCGAAGAGCAUGAAGGAUGCCAACAUCGCUGUCGUUGCAGUGGCGGCAAACUGCGUAGAGUGCAUUGCAAAGGGUCUAAGAAAAGGCUUCACGAAAUACCGGAGCACCAUCCUCGCUCCGAUACUGGAGCGUUUCAAGGAGAAGAAGCAGACCGUUACAGAUGCGCUCGCCGCGGCAUGUGACGCCGUAUUCAUGAGUGUUGGCUUGGCCGAUAUCGAGGCAGACGUCCUGGAAGCACUCAAGAGCAAGAACCCGCAAGUCAAGGAGCACAGCGCGCACUUUCUGGUUCGAUCGUUGAAGACGACGAAAGAGGCGCCAUCCAUGGAGCAGACCAAAGAAUUCGCAGAGGCGGGCAAGAAACUCCUCACAGAGUCCGUGGCGACACUCCGAGAUGCCGGUGCAGAGAUUCUCGGGGUACUAUGGAAGAUCAUGGGCGAUCGCAACAUGCUCUCCCAUCUCGACGGCCUAGACGACAUUCGCAAGAACAAGAUCAAGGAAUUCUGUGAUGCGGCGGAAGUCAAGGCGAAGUGGAAGCCCAAGGCCGCCGCUCCUCCGCCCAAGGCAAACGUUGCACCUGCUGGGAAGAAGCCGGCCCUCGGAGCGAAGAAAGUGGCCCCUGUCGGCACCAAGAAACCAGCAGCAGCGCCCAGAAUAGCCAGUCCUGCUCCCGCAGAAGAGGCGCCCUUGCAACCACGACCAACAUCGAGACCCGCAGUAAAGGCGCCAGCUGGACUCAAAGCCCCCGGUACCGGUCUGAAGCCCCCCUCAGGCCUCCAAAAGCCCGGCACCGGCCUCAAAGCCCCCUCCGCCAUCUCCUCCAGCACCGCCUCUCCCCAACGCCACGGCGUAGUCUUCGACGAAGCACCCCAACUCGCCGCCCCGAAAUCCGGCAUCGCCGCCCCAGGCAGAGGCCUCGCUGGUCGCCCACUCGGCAAACCCGCGCUCCCCACCUCCCCCUCCCGCAACCCAGAACCCGCUUCCGCGCGAUCGCCACCCCCCCAAUCAGCCCUCAGCUCCAUCGAGCGGCAGGAACUCUCCGAGCUGCGCACCACCGUCGAAUUGCUGCAACAGCAAAACGCAGAUCUCCGCAACGACAAGCUGCGCACCGCGUCCGCCAUCACCGAGCUCCAGAACCAGAAUGCGCAGCUGAUUGAAGACCACACGCGCGACGUGCUGCAGAUUAAAGCGAAGGAGACGCAGCUGGUGCGUGCGCGGUCGGAUGCAGAAAGUGCAGAGGAGCGGGCGAAUUCGCUGGCGAAGGAAAUCGAGCGCCUGAAGCGGGAGAUGGGACGAUUGGGGCGAGGACGCGCGCCGAGCGAUGCGCCGGUUGAUAGCCCGGGAGUUAAUGGCAGCGACGCACCACGGCCCUCCGCGUACGGAAGCAGGACAUACAACGUCCCCAGUGCACGCGCCUAUGGGGUCGACGCCUACGCCGGCUCCGGGGGAGCACUUCCCUCAGCAGCAGCAGCGACAGUACCAGGAGACGGCGAAGGUAAGGAAAACAUUCCCGACUCCACCACGGCGUCGCAUCUGCGCUUCGGCCUCGAGAACAACAAGCUGAACAGCGCCGCUGGUACGCCUUCCGCAGUCGCGCCUCCUUCUCGACCGCUCUCGUAUGGUUCUCGCGGCGCGCAGAGUCCUGAUGAGGGGCUGCCGUCUACGCUUGCGCAUGCGCCGUCGCAGCAGCAGCACUCGUAUCGCAGCUCGACGUCGGUGUCUUCUUCUUCGGGUGGGGCUGGUGAUGGGGUGGAGAGUUGGAGGCGGGCGGCGGAGGUGACGCAGAAUUUGAAGGCGAGGAUUGAGAUGAUGAAGGCGCGACAGAAUGUGUCGAGAGGGCAGUGA